AUGGGGCUCUUUACAGGAGAAGACGACAAAAACACAAAAGAUUACAACGAUAAACUCGUGCGCAACUCACCCACGGAGCGUGUACGCGAUGGGAUCCACUCCGUGGGUGACUCGCUCCGGUCGUUCUGGCAACAGGCUAUGGGCAGUGAUGAAAACCCAUUUUCGGAUCUGUGGCUCAAUGCCAGUGGCGGUCUAGGCGACGUGCUUGCUGGGCUGGGCUUACCGGGCGGGUUCGCACACCCAUCGCGGAUUCGCACUUUGAUGGAUGACACUCGCGAGGAAGAGGGCGUCACAGGAUUGUACGGUUACCGAACACCCACAAACUCGCAGUUCGAAGAAUGCCAGGAGGUUAAAGGCCUCUCUGUCUGGGAUUCUCACGGCUUGUGGCGUUGUCUGUUCCCCGAGUCAGUGGUGAGAACCAAGGUGCAGCCUGGCCAACUUUCUGACGUUGUUACCCGAGAAAAGGUCGAAAAUGACAACCAUCACAAUCUCGGGCUGUUCUUCACUGAGUACUCAUCCUACCUUACGUGGCGCUCACAUAUGCUGCGGCUAGCUGAGCGUCGUCGCAAGGAAGCUAGGGAAUCGCUAGAAACAUGGAGGUCCCCCACCCCUGAAGACCUAACCGACCUCGCUACAGGCAAAAAAGUCGUGGGAACCUCUGAGUAUGUCACCUAUAACACUACUGACAACGGCCAGGAACAAAUUAAGGAGACCAAGACCUAUUACGAUGACGGAACUGUCCGGUUGCGCUCUGAAAAAAGGCAUACUUCUCCAGAUGGAGGUAAACCGAAAGUGGAGUCAGUUGAAAAGUUGCUAACUCAGGACGAGGCCAAAGAUGGUUGGUUCUGGCGCCGCGAUAGGUAA